GGAAGCGGCUGGAGCGGAGCGGGAGCGGAGCGGGAGCGGGGUCCCUGCGCAUCCUCCCCUCCCCGCCUCCGCCGCCCCGCGGUGGCACGGCACGGCACGGGACAGCCCGGCACAGGCGAGCGGAGAGACGGACGGACGGACAGACGGACGGGCAAGCCGGCACGGGCAAGGGGAGCCAGCGGGGGCACCUGGCACCGCUCCGCGGUGGGAACCUGAACCUGCCCAGCAGCGUCGGAGCCAGCGGAGAGAGCUGCUCUUUCCUCCUCCUCCUCCUCCUCCUCCCUCCCCAAUCCACCCCCGCGACCCUGGUCCUCCUCCUCCUCCUCCUCCUCCUCCUCCUCCUCACCCCACUGGAUACAGCGAGGGAGACACUGCGGCGGAGGCGGCGGCGGCGGCGGCUCCUGCGGGGGGAAGGAAGCGCCCGGAGAGCGGAGCGGCGGGAGGCUGCGGAUCUGCGUGCCUGGCGCCCACCCAGCCCGAGGGGAGCCCCCAGGAUGCGGCUGAAGCCCGGCGCGCUCCUGCGCUUCUACAGCCUCUGCGGGAUCCUCGUACAAGGCAGCCAAGGGCAGUUCCCACUCACACAGAACGUCACAGUUGUUGAAGGGGGAACAGCAAAUUUGACCUGCAGGGUCGAUCAAAAUGAUAACACCUCCCUCCAGUGGUCAAAUCCAGCUCAACAGACACUGUACUUCGAUGACAAAAAAGCUCUGAGGGACAACAGAAUCGAGCUGGUGCGAGCGUCGUGGCACGAGCUGAGUAUCAGCGUCAGCGAUGUGUCCCUGUCGGACGAAGGGCAGUACACCUGCUCUUUAUUCACCAUGCCUGUCAAAACUUCCAAGGCUUUCCUCACCGUCCUCGGUGUUCCUGAGAAGCCACAAAUUACUGGAUUUACCUCACCAGUUAUGGAGGGAGAGAGGAUGCAGCUCACUUGCAAGACAUCUGGUAGUAAGCCAGCAGCUGAUAUCAGAUGGUUCAAGAAUGACAAAGAAGUUAAAGAUGUUAAGUAUUUAAAAGAAGAAGAUGCAACUCGUAAAACAUUCACAGUCAGCAGCACGCUGGAUUUCCUAGCAGAUCGCAGUGAUGAUGGUGCAGUUGUAAGUUGCAGAGUAGAUCAUGAGUCCCUAAACUCUACACCUCAGAUAGCAAUGCAGGUUCUAGAAAUACACUAUACACCUUUAGUUAAAAUCAUUUCUUCCAAUUCAUGGCCUGAAGAAGGACAAUCUAUAAUUUUGACUUGUGAAUCCAAAGGAAAACCAGUGCCAGAACCAGUACUGUGGACAAAGGAUGGUGGAGAACUACCAGAUCCAGAGAGAAUGGUUGUCAAUGGCAGGGUUCUAAGCAUCAGCUUCCUAAACAAAACAGACAAUGGCACAUACCGAUGUGAAGCAAAAAAUCCCAUUGGCCGAAACAGCACAGAAUAUGUCCUGAUAGUGCAUGAUGUUUUGAGCACUUUGCUUCCCACUACUGUCAUCCCCUCCCUUACCACUGCAACAGUCACAACCAAUGUAGCCUUAACAGCCAGCACAACCACAUCGGCAACAGCCACCAGCAUCAGAGAUCCAAAUGCUUUGGCUGGACAGACUGGACCUGACCACGCUCUUAUAGGAGGAAUAGUGGCUGUAGUUGUCUUUGUAACACUAUGUUCUAUAAUUCUCCUUGGUCGAUACCUGGCAAGACAUAAAGGAACAUAUUUAACAAAUGAAGCAAAAGGAGCUGAAGAUGCACCUGAUGCCGACACAGCCAUUAUCAAUGCAGAAGGCAGCCAAGUCAAUGCAGAGGAGAAAAAAGAGUACUUCAUUUAGAUGCAGAGCUAGAAUCUUGGAGUUUUACUUAUCAGGCUGACUGCUGGAGAAAACUGGCUAUCAUUUCUCAGAAUUCAUUUCUGCCAUCUUCUGCUAUCUUUAUUAACUCGCAUACUCUGCUAUAAGUAGCCAGUUUAUGCCAACAAUCAGCUGUUGACAUCAUCAUUCUAUAAUUACAGUAUCAUGCGUAAAACAGGACAUUUCUUAUUGCCUAAAAAUCAUAUCCACUGCUCUCUUAACAUACAGUGCUUGAAUAUACAGCCUUAACAAUGUUAAUCAUCAUCUUAAUCCAAGUUUUCUACAUAUUUAAGUGUUAAUGCAGCUUUCUUUUCCAGUUUUGUUUUAUCAUGUCCCUACUAGUAUGUCAUAGAACAAAAUUCGUAACAAGUACUAUUAGGUAAGGUCCUAAUUUACUUACAGAAAAUGUUAAGUCUAAGAUUAGAGGUUUACAAAGAAUAUUUUAUACCUGUCUAUCUAUAAUUCAAAAAAGCAACUUGUUUUUGAAGCAUACGCCCUUGGAAACACAAAUUGAAAUCUGUUUAGUAUAGUUUCCUGUAUGUUUGGAUUUGGUGGGAAAAAAAGAUCAGUCCAGUGAAUUUUUUGUUUUGUUUGGCUUUGUUUUGUUAUGAUUUAAAUGGUACCUUGAUAACAGUGCCAUGUUUCCGUGGUGAAAACAUGCUGAGUAGCUAUACAGAGUCUGCAAAGUUAGGUAAUAGAGCUUCUUUUGAAACAGUUUGUCCUGCCCUUUUACUGGCUUUUGGGAUCACAAAGAUUAGAGAACUUUCUGAGUAAUUUAUGUUUUUAUAAUUUAUUUGCUAAACAUGAACUCACCUGCCUACUCAAAUUUGAUGUCUUCAUGGGGCACAAUGGCAAGGCAUUUUAGUAUCUGUAUAUAGUGCAUAUAAUAAAUUCAAUUAAACAUUAUUUGAUACAUAUUCAACUUUUUUGGCAGUAGCUAAGUCAGUCACAAGUAUGCAUUUUCUAAUGUCCAUUAUAUCCCUUUAGAUAUGACUCAAAAUCAAUAUUCUGAGUAGAUAACAUGUGUGAGUAUUUUUUUGUCUGUAUGUCCUAGCACUGUUCAGCAGCAAACUUUUCUAGUUCUUGUUAAUUUUUUCUUUGUUAUACAAUGGAAGCACAAUGUUAUAUGGAAAGGUAGUUUUAAGCUAACAACCAGUGCACAGCCUCAGGUUUUAAAUUACAACCACAUUUGAUUACUAUCCUUAAAAAGUACUAUUGAGUUGCUAAAAUUCUCAAUUUUUAAUUUGGCAGUUCCAGAGCUGCUUCUCUAUGUUGGUUUGCCAAAAAAAAAACAAAACAAAAAAAACCUUUAAAAAAAAAUUAAAAAGGAAAAAAAAAAAAAAAGAAAAAAAUAGAAGUGUUAAAACAAAAGAUAUAUGUUUUGUGUAUACAGUAAAUGGACUAAUUCUUUAUAUUAAAUUCCUGUCUAUGCAUUUUGUGAGGUACAAACUUAUGUCACCGUGAAUGAUAGAGAAUUCCUGCCAUGCUUUUAGCUCCACAGUGAAGGUCUCUGUUUGGAUUAUUUCUGAAUUUUUUUUUUUGUGUAAUUGACAGCUGAAAAAUCACAUGCUCUUAAAUAUGACAACAAAACACUGUAAGCCCAUUGGCUUAUUUCCUCUUCCAAUGAAAAGAAAAGGUUGCCAUAACAGGUCUUGGGAAUGAUUCUACACUGGAGAAUGCAAGUUAGUCUAGUUGGAGCUCGCUUUGCUCCUGUGUUUUGCACCUUUGACAAAGAAGUAUUUCUCUCUGGUUGAUGUAUUUGUGAAGCAUAAAAGCAUGAUGGUCUGCUGUAAAGGACUUUCUCCUGGGAUUUUAUUUUUGUGUGGGGAAGGGAGAAUUUGGAAUACGACAUCAUGUGGUAUGGUGAAAUGGAAGAUAAAGGUGCUGUGACAGAUUAUUUAUCAGAAGAAUAUAAACCUUUUAAGGACAAUAUUAGAGUAUUUUAAUUGUUUUUGUUGAAGCAUUUAUCUUGUUAAUUUCUAAGAAAAAAGGGUGACGUCAAUCAAAGCAGCACUUUUUUUCAAAAUAUACAGACAUAAAUAAUAUGAUGUGGUUGAGUGUUAACAUAAUAAAUCAUAUACAGUAUGACAUUUUAAAGAAA